AUGACCGGGCGUUCCUCGGCGCGCAGCAGUGCGUCGCGAUUUCCUCUCGGACGCGCACACGCAGACACCGAUGAUCUCGCGAGCAUGACUGUCCGCCGUGGCAGAUCAUCAUGGCCGAUCAUCGCGAUCGCCGUGCUCGUCCUCGUCGCGAGCGCCUCGUCGGCCUCGGGAUCCGCGAAAUUCCGCAAACCGCGAAAAUGGCUCACCACCAAGAGCCCACACAGCCACUCUAGACCGAUGAUCGUGCGGGUGACGGACCAACUACCCGACGACGAGCUCACUCUGCACUCUGCAAAGGGAAUUCCCGAUUGCGCCGGAGACUCCUGCAGGAACGCCGCUGCGGCCUUCGACUUCGGCGAAGCGCGCUCCAGCCGGAACGACCUCGUGCCGAACGAGCGUUACAUCGUGUACCCGAAGCAGUACGAGCGCUUCGUCUCGAGGAAGAGCCCGGGCGGGCACCAUGCGAGCAGGUACAAGAGGUACGUCGUGUUCUCGGACAUACCUUCGCCGAAUGCGAGCGACAUCGCGAGCAUCGCUCGACCGGCCAACACCAGCGAGACAUCGCCGAACGACAGGGUGACGCUCACGAGGGUGCCGUUGUACAGUACGGGAUAUGCACAGGUCCGGACACGGAGGAGCCUCGCAGCUGGUGACAAUCACCCUGCGCAGAGGAACGCGAGCGAGACGUCGCCGAAGGACCGGGUGACGCUCACGAGGGUGCCGUUGUACAGGACGGGACAUGCACACCUCCGGACGCGAAGGAGCCUCGCAGCUGGUGACAGUUACCCUGCGCGGAGGAACGCGAGCGAUUACUACGCGGAGCGGAGAGCCGUAAUGGCGAGGUUCUACGCUCGUCAGCGCGCGAUAGAAGCGCGCUACGGCAACCUCACGAGCUCACCACCCAGCUCGGACAAUGGCACGUCGCGAGAGUACCCGCUGGCGAGCAACGUCACCUUGUUUCGGCUUUAUCCCAGCAAGAACUCCAGCGCGUCGAUCAACAGAGCGACUUUCCGACAACCGUCCAUAACGAUCGACCCGAUGUACAGCAAUCUACCGGUCAAACGGCCUGACGGCCGACCGGUAUUCGGCUCCCGCACGUGGAACAACAGCAACGUCGACAGGCAGGCUGUGCGGUAUUAUUACACCACACCCGUGCCCUGCGCGAACGCAUCGUUGUCCGGGACUUUCGCGCCGAAGAAGCGGUCCAAGAUCGCGGACAACUGCACUGACUCAGCGGACAGCGAGGAAGAAGUCGAUGACGAUCGGACGAUGGUCGUCGGUCGGCCGGAUAACCAGGACAACGGGACCGUCCAUCGAAUUUGGGGAAGGUGCAAGGGGAAGGUGGUGUAUCAGCACAACUUGCUCCUAGGACUAAAGGGUCCUUCUACUCUCGACACGGUGUUCGAAGUAAUCAUUCAAGGUCCCGUUUGCAUCACCUGCGUGGAGGCCCUGCGAUAUAACGAGACCAAGGCAAAGGUCACGUUCGUAUCUGGCGGAAGAGGCCACGAAUACGUGAAACUCAAGCUGCAAGGCUUCGAGAAUGAGGGGUUCUCUUACAUAAUUAAGGUCUGGGGAAUCAAGAGGUUCGCUCCGGAUUGUCGUGGCAUAGAUUAGUGAGUAGGUUGUUUCCUAUAGAGAAAGAGAGAGAGAGAGAGAGAGAGAGAGAGAGGAGAGAGAGCGGUGGGGGGGGAGGGGAGAGAGGCGGCAGCGGGAUCCGACGGCGUUACCAAUACCCUGUAUGAAUAGAAAAAUCUUGA